GUCCUCAGUGCCCAGAUUCCUUAGGGAUGGAGGGAUGGAGGAACACCCGUAGGAAAACGAGGGGCAGUGAGGAUGGGGACUUUUCUCCCACCAUAUCCCCCAUCCCGGGGCUUGGGGGGCCACAGGAGCACAGCCCCCACUCCCCACCUCUGUCCUGACCUCCAGCCAGCACUUCCCUCCCCGUCCUCUCCCAAAAUUCCCCCCCAGAUCCCUGUCUCCAUCUCAGAGGGGGGCUGGUGAUGGCAGAAGGGGUGUGGAUACGGAGCACCCACAGAGCAGGGCAUGGGAGCGUUUCAAGGGGGUCCCCAGUGCCCAGAGGGAUCUGGAGGGGAUGAUCACCCAUGUGGAAGUGGGUGACAGUGGGGAUGGGGGCUCUGCUCUCACUGGGGGGCUUGGGAGGCCACGGGAGCACAGACCCCACCCCCCACCUCAGUCCUGACCUUCACCCAGCACCUCCCUCCCCAUCCUCUCCCAGAAAUCCCCCCCAAUUCCCGUCUCCCUCUCGGCGGGGGGCCGGCGGCGCCGGGCUCGCCCCCGUUUCGUAAGCGGGGGGCCGGGUGCGCGGGAACGCGUGCGCGGGGCGUGGGAUGAGUUCAGCCUCCUGGCUCCAUUCCCUGGAUCUCAUCCCUGGAAAUGUCACUGGAAACUCUGAAUGGGCCGGCCCCGCUCGGGGGGCGGAGCAGCGCACCCCGGGGGGGGCCGGGGCACACGGGGACCCAACGCCGGGGAGGACGGUGGCUCCUGACCCACCCGGGGGAUGCUCGGAGGAGGGGGGGGCUGUCCCUGCCAGCCCCCCGCGAUGCGCUGAGCACCCCCCCCUCCCAGCUCCUUCUCCCGGCAAAGUUCGUGCCGUGGAUUUCUCUUCCCUGCCUCUCGCAGCUCCGUCCCGCUCGCCCCGGGGCUCCCCAAAACCCCGGCGCUCCCCGGGGGUCCCCGCCGGCACCACCCAGGAGGACACGGGCAGCCCUGGGGCAUCACCCCAGCACCCCCUGGCCAUGGCAGGUCGGCUCCUGCCCUCGGACACCAACCAGGCUCUGGGUGUCCAGGACGUCCCCUCCCUCCACCCACCCCUGCAGGUGCUCCCCCAGCACAUGGUGACACGGGUGCCCAUCAUCCGCCACCGCGGCUCCAACACCCUCAACUUCCACUUCCACGACCCGGAGCCCAAGAGCUCGGAGCCCAAGAACUCAGUGAAUGAGUGGUACCAGACCUGGCCGGCCAAGGAGGUGAAAGCCCCCAACACCCCAGUGCCCACCGGCCCCACGCCCACCCCCAGGGCCGCCCCCGCCCGCCCGUGCCCCCCGGGCUGGUCGGCCACCUGGACCAAGGACAGCAAGCGGCGGGAGCGGCGCUGGGUGAAGUACGACGGCAUCGGGCCCGUGGACGAGACGGGGAUGCCCAUCGCCUCCCGCUCGAGCGUCGACAGCCCCCGGGACUGGUACCGCAGCAUGUUCCGGCAGAUCCACCGCAAGCUGCCAGAGCCUGACUGGGACACCCACCCCUGCCCUGCCACGGCGCCUCCAUCGCCCCCCAAACCACGCAGGAGGGGCUCGGCACCGGCUGAGCCCCCCGGGAUGCCCAACGGGAUGGACUGGACGCGCUGGGGUGCCACCGGUGCCACCGCGGAGCCCGGCAGCAUUUUCGACUAUGAACCGGGGAAAUUCUUGCCACUGGAGCAGCCCCCGGCAGCGGCACGGCGGGCCCAGUCCAUCGAGGUGCUGCUGGAGCAGGAGCUGGAGCAGCUCAGCGAGGAGCUGGACAAGGACAUGAGGAACAUGGAGACGCGCCGGACCCCCCGCCAGAGCCCGGCGGCUGCUCCCACCGCUCGCUCCCCUGCUCCGGCCUCCCCGGCUGCUCGACACCCUCAGGCCAGAGACCCUCCCCAGCCUGCCCGACCUGGGAGAUCCCGCCGAGACCGUCAGGAGGGAGGAGAAGAAGAUGAAAGCUGCUCGCCUCAAGUUCAACUUCCAAGCCGAGUCUCCCAAGGAGCUGACGCUACAGAAGGGGGACAUCGUCUACAUCCACAAGGAGGUGGACAGGAACUGGCUGGAGGGGGAGCACCACGGCCGCGUGGGCAUCUUCCCCUCCAACUACGUGGAGAUCCUGCCCCCCACGGAGGUGCCCAAGCCCAUCAAGGCGCCCACCAUCCAGGUGCUGGAGCACGGCGAGGCGCUGGCCCUCUACAACUUCCGAGGGGAGCUGCACGUCGAGCUCUCCUUCCGCAAGGGCGAGCGGAUCUGCCUCGUGCGGCGGGUGGACGAGAACUGGUACGAGGGGCGGAUCUCGGGCACCAGCCGCCAGGGCAUCUUCCCCGCCACCUACGUCCAGGUGCUGAAGGAGCCGCGGGUCAAGGCCACCGCCGAGGACAUCCCCCCCUCGCCCACCCCCGCCAUGUCCCCGUCCCUGCAGCGCUCGCCCGCUCCCCGUGUCCCCCAGAACCCCGCCGGCUCCCCCCGGGUGGUGGAGCCACGUCCUGGGGUCACGGGUGGGCACCUCGGCGUCGCCUUCCCCGCCUCCCCGAAGCUGCCCCACUCUGGCACCCCCAACCCCUCGCUGGCCUCUGCCAGCCCCCCCCAGUCUGCGGCCGCCCACCCCCACCAGGAGCCCCGGCGUCCAGCCUGGGCCCCCGAGCAGCGUGCGACCCCGGGGAUACCCACCAGCGCCCGCCCCGAGCCUGCCCCGUCCUACAACGGCUCCGAAAUCCGGUGGACCCCGUACCGGGCGCUCUACCAGUACCGGCCCCAAAACGCCGACGAGCUGGAGCUGCUGGAGGGGGACCGCGUGGACGUCAUGCAGCAGUGCGACGACGGCUGGUUCGUGGGCGUGUCCAGGAGGACGCAGAAAUUCGGCACUUUCCCCGGGAAUUACGUGGCGCCGGUGUGACCCGCGGCCACGGCGGGGGACGCGAGGGGCUGGGGCCGGGGGGCGCGCCCCGCUGCCCCGCCUCGGCCACGCCGUGUCCCCGCAGUGUCCCCUCCGCGGGGAUGAAGCGCCUCCAGCUCCCUCCCGCCCCUAUGGGGCUGCCUCUAACAGGGACAAAUCCCCCCGGCGCGGGGGGUCUCCCCCACCCCAGUGCCUUAACACGCCCCCUCCUCACCGCUGCCCGGUGCCCGCCGCCCCGGGGGUCGCCCCGGGGGUCCGCCGGUGCCGGGCCUGACCAUGACGGCCGCGACCCGGGAUGUGGGUCGGCGCCCGGGAGUCGCCUUUGCUUCUCUUCCAUCAUUAAAGCUCAGCUCAGCCCGAGUCGGGGCGUGCCGGGAUUCGGGAGGGGCCGGCGGGGCGGGGGGGUCCCACGGGACGCCGCGUGGGGGCCGCGGGGAUCCCCCCACGCCCACGGGCGGUGCCGGGGCGGGACCAGCCGCCGCCGUGCGCCCCGUCGGGGCGGGGGGGCCGUGCCCGCAGCCCGCCCCGGCCCGGCCCGGCCCGGCUCCUCCCGAGGAGGCGGCGCCGUCCCGGGGCCGCGCUCGGCUCCGCAGCCCCGCGGGGCCGCCCGGCUCGGCCGCCCCGAGCCACCCGCUGCCAUGCCAGUGACCGUGACCCUGCCCGGCCUGGCCCCGUGGGGCUUCCGCAUCUCCGGGGGACGAGAUUUCAGGAAGCCCAUCACUGUCUCCAAGGUGAUGGAGCACGGGAAGGCGGCCGUGGGUGAUCUCCGGGCGGGGGAUGUCAUUGUCACCAUCAACGGGGAGAGCACGGCCGAGAUGCUGCACGUGGAGGCCCAGAACAAGAUCAAGCAGAGCCCUGGGCAGCUCCGGCUGGAGGUGGAGAGGUCCCCAGUGCCACCUCCCAGCCACGCCAAUGGGGACACCUCACUGGAGAGGUUGGCCACACGUGUCCAGGACACGCUGCGGACACGGGAUGAGAGCCAGGGUGCCCUGAGAGCCCCCGACCCCAGCCUGGCAUCCCCCAUCCACCUGCCCCACAGUGCCAGCUCCCAGCCCCUGGAGGAGGAGUUCGCCUGUCCCGGCCUCUGCCAGGAGCGAGGAAUCCUGACCCACCAGAACAGCUGCCAGGGGUCCAUCCUGCCUCCACCCCCCUGCCCACCCUCACCGGGGUUUGGAGCCCCCCAAAACCCCUGGGAGACGCACAGGGAGCGUCGCCCUUCCCUCUCUCCCAACACCUGCAACAGACAUCUCCCCCUCGGGGUGCCGUCCCACAGCCAGGGCUCGGAGCCGGCCAUGAGGCGCUUGGAGGAGGACUCGGAGGUCUACAAGAUGCUGCAGGAGAACCGGGAGCUGCGGGCGGCCCCGCGGCAAUCCAGCACCUUCCGCCUGCUCCAGGAGGCGCUGGAGGACGAGGGAGGAGGUGGUCCCACAGCCCCCUUCCCCAGCCGGCUCUCGUCCAGCGCCCGCAAACCCGUGGCCGGGGUCCAGAAGCUGCACGUCUGCGAGAAGUGCGGGAGCAGCAUCGCCACGCAGGCGGUGCGGAUCCAGGACGGGCGGUACCGGCACCCGUCCUGCUACAGCUGCGCCGACUGCGGCCUCAACCUCAAGAUGAGGGGCCACUUCUGGGUGGGCGACGAGCUGUUCUGCGAGAAACACGCCCGCCUGCGCUACCAGGGCCCCCCGGGGGCGCCCGUGUCCCCCCCGCCCGUGUCCCCCCACUCCUGAGCCACAGGAGUGAUGGGGGGGUCACCCCCCGCAUCCCCCCAGUGUCCCGGGGUCAGCCCCCCGCCCCCACAGCCCCACCGGGGUCGGGGGUGUCAUGGGGGGGCUGAGGGCACCACCAGGCUCGGGGUGGCCGGGAUUUUUGGGGAGGGAUGCACUACAGCCUUCGCAGUCUGUGUGAUGAGCUGGGUUAGUUCUCAGCCUGGGCUGCAGCAGUGGGGGACACGGGGGUGACAUUGGGGAGGAAGGACUUUGGGGGGGGUCACAGGGAUGCUUGAGCACUUGGGUGCCUGAGAAGGGCUGGCACCGCUUGUACACUGACUGCAACAAGGUAUUAAACCAGAUUAUAUAUAAAUAUAAUAUAUAUUUGCUCCA